CCCUUGCGGAAUUGGAAAAUGCACAAACCCACCUCUUGAAGAUCAGGAAGAUGAACAAACUCUGAAUGCUGAUGAAUCUUGCAAUGAUAUUAGUUCCACUGGUGAUAAUCAACCUCAAAGAGGAGGAAAUAUGGUUGAUUUGGAUGGCCAAGAAGAUCCAACUGAGUCUUCACACAGUAAAAAGAAGAGAUAUGAAAAUAAUGAGGAGAAAAUUGAAGAAGAAGAUGAGGAGGAAACAGAAGAACCUACCAAGAAGAUGGGUAGAAAGAAAAAAACUUCCAAGGAAGAACCUGGCACUGAGUCAGAGAAGGUUGCGACAAAAUCCAAGGGAGGUCGAAAAAAGAAAGAAGCUGUGGAUAAUUCUGAAAAUGAUGAAGAUCUUGGAGAGAAGAGUUCUAACAAUCAGAACUCUGAAAAAUCACCAAGAGGCGAACAGAUUGAUGCUCCUGAGUAUGAUAUCGAGGAAGAGGCACAGAUUGCUGUGGAAGAGCCAGGCAUUGAUCUUGAUUUGGACAAAUCAGAAGAUGUAUCAAAAGUUGAAGGUGAAAACAUGUCCGACAAUCUAGACAACUCCUUAUUUAAGAUGCACAAGAAAUCUGCGGGGAAAAAUUCUUUUUCGCCGCAGAAAACUUUAAAUGGAACCCGUCUAAGAAUCAAAAGCAAGAGUGAUAAAGAGUUUGAUGUCCGUGAAUUCCUUAAACUGAAGUCAUUUCUCCUUUGUGGGUGCAAUUAUUUUUCUGAUGAUGGUGAUGAACAGUUUACUUGCGACUGUCAUGCUACUAUUCAGUUUAAUGAGAAGCUUACAGGAAAAGUUACUAACCUGUACAAGACACCGGAUGAAAGUGAAGAUUUUCUGCCAAUGUUCAAACCAGGGAAAUCAAGCUGGGACAAGAAAAGUCCCAACCAUGUUACUCUUCAAAUGUACACAAGUGAACACCCUGGAGUAAAGGGCCUAAAGGGAGAGAUUCGUAUAAGAGGGGAGAAGCAGAUUGAGAUGCACAAGAGACGGAAAGUUUUGUUUGUUUACAUCACAGCUGAAAUGGAUCUAACUCUAACGUGUUCAGUCAAAGUCUUGAAGAAGAUUAACUAUCGCAGUAACCCAGUCAAGUACAAGAAUCUAACAGUUGAUCUUAUCUACAAAGAAUCAGUUGAUCAAAGGAACAGGGAAGGGGAAAAGUCUCCGGAGCAUUUCAAGAAAGAAGAAGAUACCGAAAAUGAUGAGGAGGAGAAUGCAGAAGCACCUGAUAGUAAGGAUGCUUGUUCCAAGAAGGAUUCGGAGGAUGAAGAGGAGAAUGAGGAGAAUGUGGAGAAUAAGGAGGAUGAGGAGGGUGAGGAAGAUGAGGAAGAUGAGGAGGUGGAAAAUGAAGAAUAAUAGUUAUUUAUUUGAUCCAAAAUAUACUUCAAUGGAUGAUAUUGGCAGUUGACUCGGAUGUAGUAUUUUAGUUUUAAUAAGAUUUUAUAAUUAUUUUAGUAUUUCAACAUACAUGAUGUGAUCUUUAUUUAAACAAAUAUAAAUGAGAUUUUAGAUGUA